AUGGGGUCUAUGAUAGGAGGAAAAAUGGGGUCUGUGAUAGAAGGAAAAAUGGGGUCUGUGAUAGGAGGAAAAAUGGGGUCUUUGAUAGUAGGAAAAAUGGGGUCUGUGAUAGAAGGAAAAAUGGAGUCUGUGAUAGAAGGAAAAAUGGGGUCUGUGAUAGGAGGAAAAAUGGGGUCUGUGAUAGUAGGAAAAAUGGGGUCUGUGAUAGAAGGAAAAAUGGAGUCUGUGAUAGGAGGAAAAAUGGGGUCUGUGAUAGAAGGAAAAAUGGAGUCUGUGAUAGAAGGAAAAAUGGGGUCUGUGAUAGGAGGAAAAAUGGGGUCUGUGAUAGGAGGAAAAAUGGGGUCUGUGAUAGAAGGAAAAAUGGAGUCUGUAAUAGGAGGAAAAAUGGGGUCUGUGAUAGGAGGAAAAAUGUGGUCUGUGAUAGGAGGAAAAAUGUGGUCUGUGAUAGAAGGAAAAAUGGGGUCUGUGAUAGGAGGAAAAAUGGCGUCUGUGAUAGGAGGAAAAAUGGGGUCUGUGAUAGAAGGAAAAAUGGGGUCUGUGAUAGGAGGAAAAAUGGGGUCUGUGAUAGGAGGAAAAAUGGGGUCUGUGAUAGAAGGAAAAAUGGGGUCUGUGAUAGGAGGAAAAAUGGGGUCUGUGAUAGAAGGAAAAACGGGCUCUGUGAUAGAAGGAAAAAUGGGUUCUAUGAUAGAAGGAAAAAUGGGGUCUGUGAUAGGAGGAAAAAUGGGGUCUGUGAUAGAAGGAAAAAUGGGGUCUGUGAUAGAAGGAAAAAUGGGUUCUAUGAUAGAAGGAAAAAUGGGGUCUGUGAUAGAAGGAAAAAUGGGGUCUGUGAUAGAAGGAAAAAUGGGGUCUGUGAUAGAAUGA